CUGGCCAGUAGCUUCCCAGAAAUGCUUGGUGCAGAAAGGAAAAUGUGACUUUGGGCAAAUGCUCUCUCCUCUCUGGCCUUCCAUAUUCUUUUCCAAAACUGGGGACAAUGAUAGAGGAGCCUCGUGGAAACAACGAAGGGACUUGCAGCACCAACACCAUGAGUAUCUCAGCUCUUGGAGGUGGCACUAAAGGGAAGCCUCUGCCACCAGGCGAGGAGGAGCGCAAUAACGUCCUCAAGCAGAUGAAAGUGCGCACUACACUGAAGGGCGACAAGAGCUGGAUCACCAAGCAGGAUGAAUCAGAAAGCCGCACCAUUGAACUGCCAUCGGGCCGGACUCGUGCCACAUCCUUUUCAUCAGCUGGAGAGAUCUCAAAGGCCAGGCUUCCAAACACAAGGGCGCCUACUGGCUAUAUCAUCCGGGGAGUAUUCACAAAGCCCAUAGACAGCUCAUCCCAGCCCCAGCAGCACUUCCCCAAGUCCAAUGGAGCUCCAAAAAGUGCUGCCGGUUUGGUGAGAGCAGCUACCACUGGCUCUGCCCGCACUCCUUCCUCUGGCUAUAAGAUGACCACCGAGGAUUACAAGAAGCUGGCACCCUACAAUGUUAGGCGCAGCUCAACAUCAGGGGCUGCCGAGGAAGAGGAGGCACCUUUCUCUUCAGAUGAGCAGAAGCGGAGAUCAGAGGCUGCCAGUAGUGUGGUGAGGAAGACGGCCCCUCGGGAGCACUCUUACGUCCUGUCAGCUGCCAAGAAGAGCACUGGCAGUCCUACCCAGGAGACACAGGCCCCAUUUAUUGCGAAGAGGAUUGAGGUGGUGGAUGAGGACGGGCCUUCUGAGAAGAGCCAGGGGCCACCCGCAGUGGCAAGACUGUUUCCUGGCUUGAGCAGUUCGAGGGGUGAGGAGACUGUCCGCCUACAGAUCAUGACACCCAGGCCAGGACUCCGCUUGGUGGCCCCAGACCUGGAAGACAUGAGGCCCUCUCUAGGUGACAAGGGGACCCCACAUCCCAGGGAGCUCAAAAGAAACUUGGCUGGUGAGGAGGACUUCAAGGGCCCUGACACAGACUCUGAGAGGCCAACUGCACCGUUGAGUGAUGGCAACAUGGGAUCUGGAGCCUUGGGGUCCUUGCCUGAAGAUUUGACUGGAACAGAUAUCAGCUCUGAAAGAGGAGGGAUGGGCUCAGCUGCUGGCCUUGCCUCUUUCUCAGGGGAUCAGGAGGUGGAUAGUGCCAACUCUCAGUCCUGCAAGGCUGGACCACUGGCUGUGAGCUCCAGUACUACUUUGACCUCUGCUGUUCUGGAUGAUAGAAGGAAUGACAGUCCAGCAGACCUGGAGGACACAAAGGGCGCCGUGGCUGGUGGUGAGAACAGUGUGGCCACCAAGGUGGGAGAAGCCUGGCAGGAGAGGCCUGGAGCCCUGAGAGAAGGCCGUGGUGACCCAACUGCACCCGCUCAGCAACCUGCAGAUCCCAGCGUCCCAGAGCGGCAGGGCAGCCCCAGGGCACCCGAGAAGCUCCUUGAACCUGAACCGGAGGGCUGUGCCAGCAGCGCCGUGGCUGGUGGUGAGAACAGUGUGGCCACCAAGGUGGGAGAAGCCUGGCAGGAGAGGCCUGGAGCCCUGAGAGAAGGCCGUGGUGACCCAACUGCACCCGCUCAGCAACCUGCAGAUCCCAGCGUCCCAGAGCAGCAGGGCAGCCCCAGGGCACCCGAGAAGCUCCUUGAACCUGAACCGGAGGGCUGUGCCAGCAGGGUGAGAAGCCCUUCAAGUUGCAUGGUCACUGUUACUGUCACUGCCGCCUCUGAACAGCCUCACAUUUAUGUUCCAGCUCCCCCCAGUGAAUUGGACUCCAGCUCAACCACCCAAGGAAUUGUCUUCAUGAAGGAAUACAUGAAUGCUAGUGAAGUGUCUUCCAGAAAGCCAGCAUCUUCCCGCUAUGGCAGCAUCAGCAGCACUGAUGACUCAUUUGACAUGGAGAAGAAACCCCCAUAUGACAGCACUCUGUACUCUGAGAGAACAUCUGGAGGGAUCUGUAAUUACUGCAGCUGUGAGAUCCGAGACUGUCCAAAGAUUACCUUAGAACAUCUUGGCAUCUGCUGCCACGAAUACUGUUUUAAGUGUGGAGUUUGCAGCAAACCGAUGGGUGACCUCUUGGAUCAGAUCUUCAUUCACCGUGACACCAUUCAUUGUGGGAAAUGUUAUGAGAAGCUCUUCUAGCUCCUCCAGGUUGAUCAGAAGCUGAUGACUCCCGGACAAGUUUAGCUGUCCCUAGUUGCCCCAAGUUGCUGAUUCCUCUUUCUGCACUUCCUCCCUCCAUUUUAUGUCUUCAUAAAUUUUACCUUAGCUUAUGUCCAGUAUCAUAUCUUAAUGACAAUCAUUACUCAUGUGUGUACCUUUUUCUAGCUUAGAAAGCACUUUACAUUCACAGUCUCAUUUCAGGUUUGAUCAAAAAAGAUGGAACAGGAAUUCCAUCUUGGUUUCUCUAAGACAGAUUGACAUUCUAGUGAGUUUAGGUGUCCUGAAAGGUUAGGCAUAGGCAAAAGGAAGAUGUUCAGUGUGUUCUGAUUCCCUUGAUGCUUCUGAGGGAUAAAUUGACAAUCCCUGGUGGGUAAAUUGUAGGCAUUGAAUACUAGGGAUUGGCCUAGUCUAAUGUUGUCUUGUCUAUUGCAAUAUAUAUAUAUAUAUAUAUAUAUAUAUAUAUAUAUAUAUAUUUAUAUAUUGCUAUAUGUAUAUUUUUAGAAUUUCCAUACACUUUUAAGGAGUAGUUGCUUUUGAUUGAGUUAUAUGGUGGAUUUUGUUGGCCUCCUCCUACCCACCUUUAACCAUAUUUGAGUUUUUCCUGCAGAUGUAUGGCUAUGUAUUGGGAAGUUUGAACAACUAGAUUUACAUUUGAUUGGAUAUAAAUUUAGGAGGUUACUGACCAAAGGGAUAUCUCCUCCUGUUUGACUCUUGAUAGCAGAUCAAUACUUUUAAUCCUGAAUUCCUACUCCCUGAGCUUUAUUCAGAAACCUUGUGAAGUAAAUUUUAGGGUAUAUAGGUACCUGAAAGAUUAAGAAGGGAGAAAAGUAAGUACCAUUUCUUGAAGCCUUAUCCCAUCCCAGACAUUAUCACGGAGGGAUGCCUUUAAUCCUCAUAACAAUCCAGAUGAGGAUGCUGAGGCUCAGAGAGGUGCUCAUGCCUUGCACAGAACCGUAGCUGUCUCUCUUCAGAGCCCAUGUUCUCUCCUGGAGCAGUAAUCACAACAGCAAGCACUGAUUCUGUGCUUGGUGUGUGCCAAGCACUGUGCAGAGGAUACCUAAAUCCUGACAGGUAAUACUGCCCCAUCAGGCCUCCCCCAGGCAUCCUCUUUCAUGAACCCACACUGAAUGUGUGCCUGGAUUCCCUGAGUCUAGCCCAACAUGGUAUUUGGCACAUGGUAGGCACUAAAACAUAAGUAUUGGAUGAAUAAGUUAAAGAAAAGUAAUUUCUUUGUUGAGAGAUGCUGCACAUGAGGCUCAGUGCAGGCCCACAUGGUGAACUGCAAUGUAGAAAGAGACCCAAGAUAGGCUGCUUUCCCCAUCUUACAGCUAUAAUCUGCCUUUAAGUGAUUUUUAGAACCAACGUGCAAGAUAUUGUAAGAAAGCUUGGAAGAUCAGUAUUGAUUUUAAUCCAAAACAGCCUCUUACGUGUCUAAAAGGGCUCAGGUUUCAGCAGACUUGAGGAAGAGCAAUGGUUGCAUUAUUUUUGCUCCUUUUUUAAUUGCUUGGUGUUUCUAAUCAUACUUGCUUAACCCACAUUAAUGUACACAGU